AUGGAAGGUAACAGUUCCAGUGAUACUACGAGAAACUCUGCUCUCUGGACAGCGGGGAAUUCUUCGAAGAGAGAACUCUAUCGAAUUGUCGUGCCGCUCAUGCUGACGAUGUGUUUAGUUUCGAUGGUCUUUAAUGUAGUUAUUGUGAGCUCUGUAAAAUGGGUUCGCAGGACUGUUUCCCCCACGUUGUGUUUCAGCCUGAGCCUAGCUGCUGCGGAUGCUUACGCUUCUCUGAUUCUCGGGCUUGGUUUAGUAGUGAAUAGCCUACUCCCUGAAGUGUACGGUACUCGGAUUCGGACGCGUUGCCUAGCCCUUAUUCUGGAAGCAUUUCGGUUAGGCGGACUGUCGGUAUCCGUCUACCACCUGCUAGCUUUGACCUUAAACCACUACGUGGGAAUAGUACGUCCUCUCCACUACGCUGCAACCGUAACGCGACGAACGGUCGCGGCGACCGUGACGGGUAUCUGGAUGGGAUCUUUGUGUUUCUUCUUCUUGUAUUUUUCUUCGGUGCACAAUCAAGGUUUUCAGUCUCCCUAUUGCGGUGUAAACGAAUUCUACCAACUCUCGACGUUCAGAAUAAUUGUAUCGACGUUUUUCUUUCUGCCCAUGGUCUCCAUGACAGCUGUCUAUUGCCACAUCUUUUUUGUGGUUCGUCAACACCAGCAGAGACAUCUGCAGGUGCCCUCGUCUCGACAGCUCCACCGAAGCGUGAAGGCGGUGGUCACUACGCUCCUGAUCCUAGGGACCUACCUCCUGUGUUGGAUGCCUGCAGUUCUCUUCUUUGCUGUCAGUUGCCUAGACUGUGUAGCUCCUUACACACAAAUACCAGAAACCGUUCUCCUUCCAGUCGGAAUCGUCACAAACAGUCUGAUUAUUCUCAAGUCUUUGGUAAACCCCAUAAUCUACGCAGCUCGUAUGCCAGAAAUUCGAGAAGCUCUCCACGCUAUGGUUCCUACAAACUGCGAGGUACGACCACUACGCGUAAUGGCCAGACAGCGAACUUUGCUAAGAAGAGCUAGCACCUUUUCAACCAGCACGAGGAUGGCGUCCUUCCGGUGUUCUACUCACAACCAGCACCACAUAUCGCGAUGUGACGAAAGCUAUACUUAA